AUGGCUGAUGCGCUCGAGCCAGACAGCCAAACCCCGGGAGCCAACUUGUCCAGCCUUCAGCAUCCCGCCUGGAACUUAAACCUUUCUUUGCCCUCCCGUUGGGCUUUGCCCGGACAGCCUGCGCAGACCAUCGGGGCGGGCGUGAUCAUGCUGCUGGCGCUGGUGGGCAACUGCCUGUUGUUGUAUCGGCUCCGCUGCGGAGGGUGCUGCUGCGGAGGUCGGUUCAGGAGGCGGCGGAAGAUGGAUUUCCUCCUGGCGCACUUGGCCAUCGCCGAUCUCUACGGCUGCGGGCUGGUGUUGCUCUCCCAGCUGCCUCCAGCAGAGGACGAGCGCGUUGCAGAGCCGGGAGACGCGGGGUGGGCGGCCGGAGACGCCACCUGCCGCUUGCUCCGCUUUCUUCAAGGCUCGGGGCUGCUGGCGCCGUCGCACAUGCUGGUUCUUAUCGCGCUCGAGCGACAGCGCUUAGCCACGGGCCCUCCGCCCCCGCAGGACUCGCUGCCGCCUUUCGUGCUCGCCCGGAGCGCCCUAGCCGCGCUGGGCUGGCUCUUGGCGUUGCUGCUUGCCCUGCCUCAACUCUUCGUUUACAGGCUGGCCCCGUCGCAAGCCGGAAGCCGCUGCCUCAGUAUCUUCCCUCAGCUGCCCCGAUGGCACGGACAGGUCUACGCCGUAUACGAAGCCAUCACGGGCUUCGUAGCUCCCGCCUGCCUCUUGGUCAGGACAUGCAGCCGCAUCGUCGCCACCCUCGGCGCUUCUGGAUCCGAGGAGGAGGAGCCGUCGCACGAGGGUCCCGCGUCGGCGCCCCGAAGCCUGCCCCGCGCCCGAGUUAGGGCGCUGCAGCUGACUUUGGCGCUCGCCGCGCUUUUCGCGCUCUGCGGUUUCCCGCGUUUUAUUUUGGAGUUGGGCUUCGCUUUUGCCUCUCCCGAGGUCGCCACCCACGAAGCCCAGACUACCCUGAGCAGCAUGAUGGCAGCCACCAACAGCGCCGUCAAUCCCUACGUCUGCCUCUUGUUCCACAGUUACCGGCCCUGGGCGCGCCGGCUCCAGCGCAGCCUUUGCCGGUGCCCCGAUGGACAACCCAGACGGCAAGCUCGCCCCCGGCAGCGACUCUCUCCACGGGCGGCCGCGGAUCGUGCUGAACUUUGGCUCUGCCCUUGCCAAACGAAGACGCCUGCCAUCGCAACAGCCAGCCAGCUAGAGAAGGAGGAGAGCCGGGUUGUUGGCGAGAGCAGAUUCUAA